AUGCGUUCACUUUUGCUGCCCCUGUUCCUUGCCUUUGGGAUAGUCUGCGCUGCCAAUCCACUUAAAGCAAGAGAUACAACCGCCCCCUUCAAGAUCUAUGCAUAUGGCAAGGGUAUUAGCGGAUUGCCAGUCUUUUACAAGAAUGGUGUUGCUGAGAUCGCCGAUACUGCCAAAAUCGAUACAUCUAUGACCACAGUCCAGUUUGCAUAUUCCACCGAUUCAUCCAACACUUGGAUCGCAUCGCCCGACUCCACUCAAUCUGCUCCAUUCUCGGCCGACGUGCUGUGCCUAAAUCAGGACACUGCAUCGGCAAACCCGGUCAGCUUCAGCGGAAGUUCCGACGUGCAGCGAUCGAAUAAGCUCAGCAACGUGUGGUCCCUGUACGGGAGCUAUGUGAUGGUCACUCUAGAUAAGGUCAACUUCUACGCCAAACCGACGGGCACCGAGGGCGUGUACUCGCUGCUUUGGAGUACCUCCGCCGAAGCAAUGACAGAUACCAUCCCGCUCACGCUGCGCACUACGGCGCCCGCGACAGUGUCUGUGCUCAGUUGA